GAGAUGUGAGGACAAAACUAGAAGCCGCCGAAAUGAUUAUUGCUAGAUUUAUUUUUUCGGAAGCCAUUAAUAAACUACGGUUACUUCUCCCAGCGGACAUUGUACAACAGGCCAUGGAACGGAAGAGACAGAAUUCCGUGGCAGAAGAGAAACAAUUGGAUUCCGGCGCACUAAGGGAUAUUUUAUUGCAAGAAUACCGAUUUAUGAAUUCCAGUGCCGGACCAUCGACGUUAAGUAAAGACGAAGCGGUGGUCAAGACGGCAUUAGAAAAAUUAUUUUUAGAAAAUGUUGCACUGGAGACCGACGAAGAAACAGCAGAACUUGGAACCGGACUUCUCAAUUUAUUUGCGGAAGUCCUGGAUCAUCUUCCCGAUGCGCCUGAAAAAAGUCUAAGCUGCAUAGCAAAGUAUCUAAACGAAUGGGAAGUGCUACAUGGAAAAUUGAUCAAGCUGAACACUUCAUGAAAACACAGCAGAA